CAAAGGAAGCAGAUGCUCCUUACCACACAGACAACAAGAGUCACACUUAAAAAUAAGGAGGACCUGGAGACCUCUAUGAUAAAAAAAGGCCGGCUGCAGAUUUCAGAGAUAGCUCCUACAUCCAGGACAAGGAGAACCUGUGCGUCUCUGUCAAAGCCAUCUCUGCUCUUUACCUGUCAAAGGUGGCACAUCAGGAGAAAGAAAGCAGCCUUUUCAAACUGGGACAAGCUCAAUCAUCUCACCCUGGAAAAAAAUUAAAGCGAACUAAGAUGGCAGAAGACCUCCAACAACCGGAAAACGACCUCCUUCUGCUUCCUUCCAUGAGACAUCAAGGAUCAGAUGAUGGAGCACACACUAAGCAGUCCACACCAACACAACUCUCCAAAGAAAAGUUAUACCAACAGCGGCAGAGAAGUGAGCUGAAGAGGUUGCUUAAACAUACACAUCCAGAGUUGAAGAUGCUGGAUGAUGUUGUGGAUGAGGAGCUUACUGAGGUUUUGAGCUUAGAGAGUGGAGUUACACCUGUGGAUAGCACAUACGAGGGAGAGGUCCUCUUAAGGCGCUUAAUAUUUGAGAAGUGUUCUCUGAGUGACAAAGUUUCUUCUUACACACCUAUGGUGCAUUUAGCGGGGGGAGCAGUGGGACCAAGUGACAACAGCAAAUCAACUGUGUUUGAGGAGCCUUAUGAAGAAAAUGUUAACAGAAUGUUGGAUCUUAAUCCAGAUCAUAAAACAGAAGGUGUGGAUGAAGUGCAUGGAACUGAUGUCAAAUCUAGUCGGCGAAUAUUUGAGAGACAGCCUGUGACUACAUCUAGUCCAAGUCCAAAUACCAUGUUACAAGAAGAUUUUAUUCCCGCAGAUAAGACAGGUCCAGUUCAAAAACAAAAACAGGAGGUUGAAAUCAGUGCCAAAGAUAAUCUGGGUUUCCCUACAAAUGGCCAAAGUGUUGACCAUGAAUACUCUGAAGAUCAGGAAUGUAUAAAAGUCACUUCUACUGGUCAAACAGUCUUUGGGGGUGCAUCUGCGAAUGUUCCUGAUCCAGAAAGUACUGGGGAAUUCAUCAAAACAAGCACAGCUCUUUUUCAAAACAACCCUUUUAUUUCAGCAAACAUAGAGCAAGAAAAUUCCUGCGCAUAUCGACUAAAAUGUCAGGACAGUGUGGCUGUCAAGGACUGUCUGACAGCUAAUGUCAAGAACAGAGCCCACCUGUUUGACUCAAUGCCAUUUGACAAAAUUAGGCAGCAAAACAAGGAAGAAAUUCAAACAAUGGUAGAGAACAUUAAGGAAACACUGAAUUCCCUCUACUGCUCCAAUGUCAUACAUUCAGGUGGAACAAUCAUUGAGGUGAAUGAGACAAUGAUAGCAAGAAAAGCUAAAUUCAUCCUAUCUGAGAAUGGGCCAAAGGUAAAACAUGACGAACUGGCUGAAGGUGGUGCACAAAACUUUAUACACCAUGAGCUCCCACGGGCAAACCUAAAGCCUCAGGUCACAUACCUAAAGGAGAAUAGUACAGGAAAUAUGGAAGCUACAGUGGUGAAGGUGCCAGUCCAUCACCAUCACAUCACUGCCAACCAUGGUGCAGAGUUCAAAACUGCCAAUGUGGUGCAACUCAUUGAGAAUAUUCUCAAUCAAGAUAAUUCUUUGAGAAAAGGAGUGAUUAUUCAGGAGGAUGUCAAUAAGAGGGUGGAAGUGAUUGUUUACUCCAUCUACAAUUAUGUAGAUGAAGCAGAUGUGAAAAGUUACUCUCCUCCGCAAGACCAUGCAGCAGAGAUCAAUGUCCCCGAGUUGGAAAGAGGUGAAGAGACUAAAGGUGAUACUACAGGAAUAAGUAAUGGGCAUGUUAGAUCAACCAUAAGUUGCCUUCUAGAAACAUCACAAGAACAAAGCUGCUCAGGAUCAGUUAGUCCUGAAGUCAUGCUAAAGGGAAAUGUAAAACUAUUCAAGGCCUGCAUUGAAAGGGGAGAUUUACAGUGUAUGAAAUCUCUUUGGGCUGAGCCACCAAUGCAAGAACAAGAACUUUCUCCAAUUCAACAUGCAAAGAUCCACUCAGCAGAGCUUUGUCAUGAGCAUGGAGUGGAUAAGGCACAGGGGGAUUUAGAAUUCCAUUUAGAGUGCCCACCGGUGGAUGUAAAGAGAUUGAAAAACAUCUUUUCUGCAAGUCAAAGCCAACCAAAGCAUACAGCUUUUGAGGACCAUGUUAAAUCUCCUGUAAAUUCUCAUCCAUUCACUGAUCACAGUGCACCACUUGCAAAAUAUGAGUCCUCACAUGAGCAAGAAAAUAAUAUUUUCAGGAGCUGUGGUAACAAAGCACAUGAAGAAGCACUGUGGUUUUCACAUCCGGAGACACUUGAUGAAAACAGGAUCCACCAAGAUGGAUUAUUAGAGGCUGGAGAUAAUGAUGAUGAUGAAAGGCGUAACUGCCAAAGUACAAUCCAAAGCUACUCUCGCAAUCCAACAGAAACCAAAGCCUACCAAAAUUCAGUGCAAGAAAAAAUGAAAUUGUCAAGUGUUCAAUCAUCCAGGGAAUCUGUUUCAGUUGUAGUGUGUGAACCUGUACAGAAAGACAAGGUAUGCGAUGAGUUAAUACAGGAUGAGCACUCAUUAGUACCCAAGAUCACUUCAGGAAAUAAAUCAGAAAGUCAACACCUCUGUACAGAGAGAAGCUGCCCAUAUGGUCAAAAAGCGGUUGAUGGGUUUUUUGGUGAAAAGGACAAAAGUGGUACACAGAUUGCCCAGAAACCAGAUUCAGACACUGCUGGAUUGUCCAGUUCAGUAGCAUUAGUUUCACAGCAGAAAGACAUGGAACUUAUACACGGUAAACGCCAAGCAGCCUUGGAUGCUCUUGAGAGAUGCAGUGUUAAUGUCAGCAGAGGAGACUUCACAGCAGCUAUGAUAUACAGAAACUCUUCCCAGUCUCUCAAACAAACAUCACAAAAUGUGGCUGGAGAUGCAACCCCAAAGCUCACAAGAGAAGCAUUUAACCCUGUUGCUAAACAAAAACCAUCAACACCAUUAAAGCAAGAAGUAGCCACACAGGAAGCAACUGUAGCAAAUACAGAGCACCCAAACAAUCGUCAAACCCAAGCUAAACCAACUAUCUCCAAGACAAGCAGAAGACCUCUUGGUCCAAAACCAACAAUCCCCCCUAAACCUCAGCAUUUAACGGUGAAACAUAAGGAUGACCAAUCAAACAUAGAAAACCCAAAGAAAAUCCAAACCAGUACAAUGACACAUGAAAUAAAGCAAGAAGAUAAACCUCCUGAAACAUCAAUAGGUUAUCAAGGUGAGCUAAAGCAACAUUUGUCCAAAACAAACCGUGGUGCAGAAACAGAACCAGAUCAUGGAAGAAACAAGCUACCUGGUAAUGAGAUUCCAUUAUCUCCACAAGUUCAAAUAAACCCUCAGAUCCAAGGUUCAUUUGCUAUCAUUGGAAGGCAAAUAAAAGAUAUUGCUACAGCAGAAGUGAGGUGCCUCGAAGGGAAAAACGAGAAUGAAACAAGUGAUACUCUGCUAGAUUGCCAUGAAGCCUGUCAGAAAUUUCAAGGUGAAAGGGCAUGUUCAGUCAGAAAUGUCCCACUGAAGCCAAAACGAUUAAAAAUGAACAUUCAAACCACAGAACAUGCAUCUGCAGAUUAUAAUUCACGUAUUAGCACACAUCCAGAACAAACUCCAAUAACAGUCCCAUUAUGUGAUCAUUCAAACAUCUCUGGAGAAAAUGCUCAAAGCAACAGUAAAGAAAGGGAAGGUGGAAUGAGGGAAAAGAAAGGGGAGAAUGAGACAGAGGAUGAACAUCAACUGCAGCUGUCAGUUCACAUGGAAGAGUUCAUACAAGGCAACAGACCGGCUGCCGUGGAAAUUUUUGACAACCUACAGAAGCAAGAGGAACUGCAGAGCAUUCUCACUCGAGGUAAAGAAACCGAACAAGAUGCAACCCGAGCUGAUAUAAGGUCACUGAGAGCAGUCUUUGAGAACGCCCCCGCCUGUGUUGUCAACAAUAAGAAAGAAACGCAGGUAAAGUUGGAAAAGAGAGAUGAUAUUUCACCAUCAUGGAAAGACUACGCUGAAAACAAAGUCUCCAUGGCGCAUGUCUUUGGAGAUCUUGAAAAAGCCACUAUGGAAAUUAUGAAUCUCAAAGAGCAGACUGUAGCCAGACUUGUGGACAUAGAAGAAGCCAUUAAAAAUGCUCUGUAUACUGUCUCAACUUUAAGAUCAGACUCAGACAUUGCUGGUUUAUCAUAUUUGGUCGAGUCAUUAAGAACAACGCAAGGAUCCUCAUCCUUGGGUAGCCAAAGUAGAAUUGGCUCAAGCACGACAAAAACAGUUCAGGCACAGGAAAGUCAGAGCUUACAGGAAUCUGUUCCAAGAGGUAAGAGCGCAAGUGCUGAAAGAAUCUCCAUAAACCCACCAGUGAGUCCUCCAUCUUCACCUUCCUUCAUCUCUAUCCAGUCUGCUGCUAGAAAGCCUGAUCAAACAGACCAAACAGGAUAAUCCAUUGCCAUGGCCCACCAGACACAACAGCACAGUCCAUAGAUGGAGGAAAAAACAUAGACCUUAAAAUGCACCAGCGCUUCACAGAAUCAACAUGACUCCAGAGAAGUACAUCAUAAACAAUCCUCCAUCAGGCCACUUAACCACAAAUGAGAGCUCAGUCAACUCAAAUUGCAGAGAACUCUGGUGGGAACAGCAUUGUGGGAACCAAAACUACCACCGCCAAAACUUCUAAAAUUGUCACGACUCAGUCAGAAACCUUGGCAUCUCCAAACAUAGACAUACAUCUCUGUGUCAGGUCAAGACACACACGAAGGUUCAACUGAACAUUGAACAGAAUCCAUAAAACAGGCAUAGCAAGGAGACGCUUACAGUUAGUCACGAUAGCUGAGUGCUAUCAUUGUUUUUCAUGUGUCUUAUGACAGAUGCCAAAUUCAGCUUCUGUGGAAUUAAAUGUAUUGAUGAAUAUAGUUUAUUUGUUGUUUUUUUAUGGUUUUACAAUUCUCUCAAAUAAUGUUGGACUUCAUUUGAAUCUAAAUACAGAAUGGUUUGGUUUUCCUUCAUGCUUUCGUGUUUAAGAUGUGUCUCACUUUUCC